CCAGUCUUGUACGUGCCAAGGAGACCCACAGGGCAAAGUCGCGAUAGAAUAAAAAUGGAGGCGGCCGGUGCUACCACUGGUGAGCGUAGUGAUCCCCAAUCGGAGAUCACCGGAAUCACCAUCACUGUCAAAUUCAGCGGGAGGUCAAUCCCGGUCACUAUCUCGCCGGACGCGACGAUCGGCGAUCUCAAGUCCCUCCUCCAACCCCUCACCAACGUCCUGCCACGUGGACAGAAGCUCAUUUCCAAAGGGAAGCUUUUGGUCGAUGCGACGACGUUGAGGGCGUCGGCGGUGACCGGCGGGGCCAAGGUCAUGCUCAUGGCCUCCCAGGGGUUGCACCAAGGGGAUGGUCCAAUUCUAAAAGAGGCUCAGAGUGUACCGAGGCGAGUUGACAAUGCUAAUAGAAUGGUGAACGAGAAGACGCAAGUUCGCGUUGAUAAGAACAGGUUGGAACGGUGGAAGGUGACCGGAGUUGUGGCGUUGUCCGAAUGCAAUUUGAAGGCCAUACCUGAUGAAGUGUGGGCUUGUGGACCUUCUGCAAGAGUCCUUGAUUUGAGCAACAACUCUGUUCGAGAUGUUCCUGCCCAAGUUGGCCGUUUGAGUUCCAUUCAGAAAUUGUUCCUGAAUGCAAAUGCUAUAAUGGACGAAACAAUUAAUUGGGAAGCACUAACAUCUCUAAAGUAUCUAACGGUUCUAUCUGUGAACCAAAACCAUUUAACAACUUUACCUUCUGCGCUGGGUGCUCUGACUUCACUGAAGCAACUUCAUGUCGCAAACAACAAGUUGACUAGCCUCCCAAUUGAAAUAGGUCUAUUGACACACCUUGAGGUCAUGAAAGUCAAUAACAACAGGAUAAGCACCAUUCCUACAUGCAUAGGGAACUGUAUUUCUCUUAUUGAGGUUGAUCUUUCAUCAAAUCUUCUAUCGGAGUUGCCAGAGACUUUUGGUAAUUUGCAUGAUUUGAAGGCUUUGUAUCUCGGUAACAACGGGCUAAAAUCAGUUCCUUCUACGCUAUUCAAGAUGUGCCUUCAGCUCUCAACACUGGAUCUCCACAACACACAAGUCACAAUGGAUCUCCUUCGUCAGUUUGAAGGGUGGGAAAGCUUCGACCAACGCCGCCUCUUAAAGCAUCAGAAGCAGCUCGAUUUCCGAGUUGUGGGCUCUGCUGAGUUUGAUGAAGGUGCUGAUAAAAACUGAUGGUCCAUUUUUUUGAAUAAAAUAGUCAUUUCAUUUUAGUGUACUAAAGAUUGGGGUAUUAGACUCUAGAUUUGUUAUAGGAUAAUCUUCAAGCUAGCAUCCACUUGAAGAUUCCAGUGAAGGCAAAAGUGAUUCGAAGCUAUACGCAACUCCAUUUCUUGGUAUAGCAACCUUGUAAUGGAGGUGAAAGUUCUCAAUGGAAGUUCAUGGUUCUCCAAAUUAGAAAUGAGAGGGUAGAUUUUAUAUUCA